AUGCCUGAAGAACUGCCACCCUUUCCUUCGGGACCUGCUCUGGAUAAGCUGGAAAACUUCAACUUUCUUCUCUCGCAUACCAAUGCCGCAGCCAAGGCGGCGCGGAACUAUUCGUUGGACACCGACCCUGGGCUGGUCCCAUACGGCAGUGUGAAUGUGGACUUUGAUCAGACGGAGGGCAUGGGCGGUCUCUCCGUCAGCUCCUACGACAGUAUCGAAGAUGAGAGGAGCUCACUCGACUUUCGAGCUUAUCCGUAUCAUGGUCCCGUCGGCGACAAAUCGAUCAACUAUUCUGUACCCGACCAGAUGAUACCCUACCCGGCGCAUUCGGUCUAUCCGCCCAUAUCAUUCGCGCCGGACGACUUGGGGCACGCCCCGGGAGCAUUGACCCCCUCGGAUGUCUCCUCGUCCAUCUCGCCCCCCAAUGGCCAGAUGGGCAACAUCAAAUACUCCACUUCCAUUCCGGGAGAUCGAAUCGCCGCCGCUCUCGACCAGGAGGAAGGGGUCCGGAUGGCUGCUGAAGAAGAUCGUCGCCGCCGCAACACCGCCGCAUCGGCCCGCUUCCGCAUGAAAAAGAAGCAACGUGAACAAGUUCUUGAACGCACCGUGCGGGAGACCACCGAGAAGAAUGCCUCCCUUGAGGCCCGCGUGGCGCAGUUGGAGAUGGAAAACCGGUGGCUGAAGAACUUGCUUACCGAAAAGCACGAGAUCGUGACUGCUCGAAUGCCGCCCCCUCCCGGGGAGAGCAGCCCUCUCGAAUCAAAAUCGAACAGCACACGUGCGGGUCAAAAGCAUAUCCAGCCCAAAAAGAAAGGUGUCGGUACCGGGGAGUAG